UCGUUUAAUUGGAGGAAUUCGUGUGUUUUGCGUGCGCAUGUUUGCUGACGUGACUAAUUGAUGCGAAAAAGGCCAUUGUCUUGUGGAAAGUUUUCAUAUCAAAGCGUUUUUAUGGUAAAGGUGAGCAAAGAUUCAAAACUGAUUGACAUGGAAAUGUGCGAAUUCUCUCAGCCCUGGUAUCGUAGCGAUGUGAUAUUGCAAGCUGAAGGACGUAAAUUUCACGUUCAUAAAAACACGCUGGGUUUGUGGUCGCCUGUUUUUGAUGGUCUCAUCAAAGCGCGGAAGACACCGGACGAAAUUAUCGAACUACCAAAGAAAAAAGCUAAAGAAAUCUACGAGCUUCUGCUGGUCAUCUACAACCUUCAGGUCGUGAACUCUCAAAACAUCAUGCAUUUGUUGAAACUCGCAAAGGAAUUCGAAAUCGAGAAAGUGCUGUAUUUGUGUAGUUCGUUUUUACUUGAAAUAGAGAAACCUGAUUUGAAAUGCAUCAAUUUUCUACUCCUGGCCGAGCGGUAUGGGUUGGAGGACGUGAAACAGCAGUGUUUCGAGAUGGCUUCCACAUUCCCCCUUCCUCAACUGAGAAUGUCAGAGAAAUUUAACGAACUGAGUAUGGAAAGCAAAUUUCGCAUCACGGAGAAUAUGCUAAUGCGUGAACAAGCUUUUGUCAAGGAGCUGAAGACGAAGUCAUUUAAACUGUUGCGGACUGUUUAUUUGACUGGUCACGAGAAAUUUGUAACCGACAUGCAGCCGAAUGUUCGCCGGCCGUUUGUUUAUAGUUGUCGUAAAAGACCUGCGCACACUGUCCUGAAAGAAAAUGGUCGUAUUUUACCGCGAGUCUAUGAUUUAGAGUGUGCUGUUUGCCGCGGAACCACGGAAAACUGGGCACGAAGAAAGGAGCAACAUUACCCAAGGAGCAAAGAUCUCUACGAUGCGGCGUUUAUGAAAGAAAUGUUUAGUUUGUGUCAUGCGCAAAGCGAAUGCGAAAUGACAGCUUAGGACCAAUUGUAUGUGAAGUACUUAGUGUUAUUCAAUUUAGCCUUGAAGUCAUUGUACGAUACAUUAUUAGAAUAUCUGUA